AAGAAGAAGAAGAAGAAGAAGAAGAAGAAGAAGAAGAAGAAGAAGAAGAAGAAGAAGAAGAAGAAGAAGGAAGAAGAAGAAGAAGAAGAAGAAGAAGAAGAAGAAGAAAGUUGAAGCUUUACUGCACUGCAUUUUUCAGGAUCUCUUUUUUUAUUGUGAUACCAGAAGUUUUAUCCGUCCGUCCCAUUUUCGGGAACACGAUAUCUCAGGAAUGCCCCAGGAACUGGUCACUGCGACCUCACAAAACAUGUUUUGGGCCAUAACUCAAGAAUGAAUAUGCUAAUUAUGACAAUUCCCCUCAAAUGUCUGACAUGAAGACAUUAUGGACAGACAUGGAUGUAAACUGUUGGUGGGGGCAUAAUGCGGUAAUUCUUGUUCAUUCGCAAAACCUUUUUUAAUAAUUUGAAAUCUACAUUUUUCACAUUGUGCAAAGUUUCUUUCUUAUUCUAUUUAUGGCAACAUUUUAUGGCUCAUGACAGACACCAGCUCACCGCCGUUUGCAUGUUAUCAUCAAAUCGUUGCUCUCCGGUCUUUAAGCUUUUUGUUCUACAGCAUGCUGUCUGAGAUUCAGGAUGACAUCAGACCAAUUUGCUGUGUUUACAUGUGAUGCAGGUGAGAGAGUUGACCCCCUGUUUGUCUCUGUGUUGUUGUGGUCCACAGCGCCCCCUACGGUGCGUAUCGUGCACUCGGGUCAGGCCUGUAAUGUGGAGGAGGAGCGCUACAGUGAGCGAGUUUACACCAUCAAAGAAGGAGAGACUCUGGAGCUGCAGUGUCUGGUGACAGGACACCCCCGGCCACAGAUUCGAUGGACAAAGACAGCGGGCGGGGCUUCAGACCGCCAGGGCGACUCGACGUUGCUUAACGAAACUCUGAAGAUCACAAACAUCAGCCGCCACCUGGGAGGGCGCUACUACUGCAAGGCUGAGAACGGAUUGGGAUCCCCCGCCAUCCGGUCAAUACGAGUCGACGUCUACUACCUGGAUGAUCCGAUGAUAACGGUGCAUCAGAGUGUCGGUGAAUCGAAGGAACACUUCUACUUUGAGAGGACUGUGUUUCUCCGCUGUGUCGCCAACUCCAACCCACCUGUUCACUACACCUGGAGGAGAGGCAGGGAGGCGCUGACGCAGGGCUCCGACGCCGGGGUGGAGAUCUACGAACCCUUUUUCACACAGGGUGAGACGAAGAUCUUAAAGCUAAAGAAUCUUCGUCCUCAGGAUUACGCCAAAUACACCUGCAUCUCCUCUGUCAGGAGCGUCUGCGGCAUUGGAGACAAGAGCGCCCACUUCAUUCUGAACAACAGGACAGCUCCUCCCUCCAUUAAGCUCCUCCUGGACGACCCCCUGAUAGUGAACCCAGGGGAAACGAUCACUCUGGUCUGUGUGGCGUCGGGCGGAGACCCUCCUCCCACCCUGGAGUGGGUGAGGCAGGGAGGGGAGGAGCUCCCGAAGAAGAGCGUGGUCAACGGCGGCACGCUGACCAUCCCUGGCAUCACCGUGGACGACGGUGGCUCCUACAGCUGUGUGGCGUCCAACAAUGUGGGAAACCCCGCCAAGAAAUCCACCACCAUCCUGGUCAGAGGCCUUCGCAAAGGUCGGUUCUGGAUCACGCCCGACCCGUACCACAACGACGACAACAUCCAGAUCGGCCGGGAGGUGAAGAUCAGCUGCCAGGUGGAGGCCACGCCGCCCGAGGAGCUGCAGUUCAGCUGGCUGAAGAACGGCCGGCCGCUGAGGAGCUCCGAGCGGAUGGUCAUCACCCACACAGACAUCGACAUCACGCCGGGAACCACUAACCUCGACAUCAUCGACCUCAAGUUCACCGACUUCGGCACUUACACCUGCGUGGCGUCACUGAGGAACGGAGGAACCCCGGAGAUCAGCAUCGAUGUCAACAUCUCAUCCACCACAGUUCCUCCAGAGCUGAGCGUCCCCAGGGGGCGCUCUAACCUCAUCGCUCAGGAGGGCGACACCGUGGACCUGCAGUGUCUGGUCUCAGGGAAACCCAAACCCAUCAUCCUGUGGUCACGUGUGGAGGAGAGCGGGGCGGCGGCAGCAGCGGCUGCGACCGUGAUUCUGAUGCCAGACGGCUUGGAGCAGACGGAGAGUUACGACGGCGUCCUAAGGAUCAGCAACGUGACGAGAGAGAUGAGCGGGACGUACCGCUGCCAGACGAGCCAAUACAACGGCUUCAAUGUGAAACCCAGAGAGGCUCUGAUCCAGCUGGUGGUGCAGUUCCCCCCCACCGUGGAGCCGGUGUACACAGAGAUCCGUCAGGCUCUCGGCCGGGCGUUCAGCCUCACCUGCCGCCUGCUUCGAGCUCACCCGGCUCGCCUCCUGCGAUACGAGUGGAAGCUGGGAUCCCGCCUCCUCACUGUCGGACAGUUCAGCGACCAGCGCGACGACACCAGCUACCUCGUCAAAGCGCUCAACCGAGAGGGCUACGGCGAGUACACCUGUGACAUCACUAACGAGGCCGGGGCGGGGCGCUGCACCUUCCUGGUCACAGGAAAGGCCUACGCUCCAGAGUUUUACUACGACACCUACAGCGCUCUGUGGCAGAACAGACCUCGAGUCUAUGGCUUCAAGCUGCAGUGGACACAGAUGGAGCCCAACUCCGUGGACCGAAUCCUGGCCUACAGACUCGGUAUCAGACAGAUGGGUCAGUCUCGCUGGUGGGAGCAGGAGAUUCCUAUGGAGGGAACCAUCCAGAAGGGGGAGCUUUUGACCUACAACCUGACUGAACUCAUCAAACCUGAGUCCUACCUGGUCCGCCUCACCCCCAUCACCCGCUACGGAGAGGGCGACGCCACUGAUCGCAUCAUCACAUACAGCGCUCCUGUUAAUCCACAUCUCAGGGAGUUCCAGUGUGGCUUCGAAGACGAGGCGGUGUGUUUGUUCUCUCAGGACAAAACAGACGUGUUCGACUGGACGCGUCACAGCGCCGCCACAAGAAACACCAAAUACACCCCGAACACCGGACCGAGCUCUGACCACGCCGGCUCUAAACAGGGUUUCUACAUGUACAUCGAGACAUCGAGGCCGAGGCUGGAGGAAGACAAGGCCCGGCUGCUGUCCCCCACCUUCAACAUGAACUCCAAGAUCUCCUCCUCCGUCACCAACAACCCCACCUACUGCUUCGCCUUCUACUACCACAUGUACGGGAAACACAUCGGAGCUCUGAACGUCUUCCUGCGUCAGAAAGGUCAGACGGUGACGGACACAUCAGUCUGGAGCCUGAUCGGUAACCAAGGGGAUCGCUGGCGGCAAGCCAAGGUCAACAUCCACCCAACCGCAGCCUUCCAGAUGGUGAUGGAGGGAGUCCGAGGCGGCGGUAUCGAGGGAGAUAUCGCCAUCGAUGAUGUCACCAUCGAGGAAGGCGAAUGUAAAGACCCUCCCCCCAACAAUCUAAGGUCGCUCGCCCCGCCCUCAUCACCCCAUAUAUGGCAGCUGUGCGUCACUCUGAGUCUGGCUCUGAUUGGCCGGCAGAGGUGACCCCCCCCCCCCCCCCCUUCCUCUCUACGGGACGCCACAACCUUGGGCUCUUGUCCCCCCCCCCCAUCCAUUCCCAUCAUCCCCACCAUUAGAGCCCCCCCCCCCCUCCCCAACUACCAAAGAUGUGGUCAGAGCUCCAGUGAUGGCUGACAGGAAAGGUCAAGAGAUCACUUGGAGAAAGCGUCAGGCUAGCUGUUUCCAACCACUUCCAGUCUCUAUGCUAAGCUAACAACAUCCUGACUCCAGCCACGUAACAUAUCCAUCUGCACAUCACGCUCUCAGACAGACAGAGAAUAAGGUCAUCAGAUAGUGAGUCAUAUUUUUAAUUCCUUUCAUAAUGUUGAUUUGAAAAGUCGUAAUUAUUAUUUACUAUCUCGUAAUUUUUCAUAAUUUUAAUUAGCAAAGUCCUAGUUUUAUGCUAAGCUAACAACAUCUAGCACCUCUCGCUCAAAGCUUCUGAUAGAAAAUGAAAGAUGGUCGACUGAAAGUAACAUUAACGUUUCAUCAGCAUGGAGUUACGUUAGUUUACCUUUUUAUAAAUGUCGGCGCGCAUGUUUUUGUAGUUUCUCAGCUGUUUUUUUGCUGCUUUUUGUCUAAUUCUCAGUGGAUUGUAGAUGAAUUUAGUCUGUAAAUCAUCAGAAAACAUUACUGACAGAGACAGAAGGUUACUGAAUGUGAGAUAUAUUAUAUAUUACAGGUUUGAUAUUAUUGGCUGGUGGAGGAAACUAGUCGCUGAAUAAAACUUUGACUUUAGUUAAUUUGUUAAUAUUGUUUAGUUUGUAUUUGUUUGUCAAAUACUUGCUUACGAAGGUUAUGGUUUGGUCAUUUAAUACAGAGAAGCUGUUUGUCAUGUUGACGUGGAUUCACAGCAAACGUCUCAUCCAUGCUGGAAAACUUUUUCCCAGUCUUAAUACAAAGUUCUGAUUGGUCAAAUGGAGAAAUAGCUGUCGAUGAGCUCAACCACCACUAAGAGCAGACUUCAGAUUACAUGUACACAUGGCUGAGAAAUCAUCUUUCUGACCAUAAUCCAGAACAGAACCCAGGUUUCUGUUUAACAUGGUGAUUUCAGAUUACUGCAGAAAACUCACAGUAGUCUGGUUACUUAAAACAUCACAAAGAUUGGAAUAUGGCCGCUGAUAGCACCAUGAAUUGCACCUGCUAUCUGCCCCGUCUCGAAGUCAGAUUUACAAAAGAUAAUUCUCAAACACGCCUAUAAAGUUUUGCAGCUGAGAACAAUGUUGCCUUUGCUCCAAACACAGUAGGCAGAAGAACAAAAAUGUAAUUUAAAAUACAGAUCCUGACUGACUUCAGGCAAGGAAUUUAAACGUGACAGACAGUAACCCUAUUUGGGAUUUAAUAUGCCAGUCUGUCAGUGCGCUGCAGUUACCACCAACUCUCUGAAGACGCUAAUCAUUUCACUGUAACUGCGUGUGGCUAUUAGUGCUGAUCUAUGUGAAUUAGACUGUUUUUGCAAUGAGGCUCAUUUGCAUAGAAAGAGGCCAACGUUGUACCAAAUGUAUGCAUAAUACCUCAUUUAAAUAUGCGAAAAUAGGACACAGGAGCACCACGACACUAUUUGCAGGGGUGCAUUUCACCCUUUGCGGGUGGUUUGCGUAUUACAGUUUAUUUUUGUCUUAUUUGUGCAGGUUUCGUGGCCUCAGCAGCCGCACAAUCUUCUUGUGAUUUUGCCCCCGAGUGAGUGUUAAAAUAGAGACAGUAGGAAGUUUUGUGAAAGGUAGCCUGCUGCCAUCAGCGUUUUUAGGAAUAAUGUUUUCAAAAUAUCUUCCUAAAAUCAGUUCUUUGGUUGUUUCACCUUCAUCAGUUUUCUCCAGUGAACCUUGUUGACCUUUGGUUUCAGCUCAGCGCCACAAAGCACAGAAAAACAGGCGCUUCAGAAAAAAGAGGAAAUACCAGAUUGAAUGUCAACUUUCCUGACCCCCAUCCCACCUCAUAACCCCUCCCCCCCCCUGUACUCCCCCUCCACAGAUCAACAGUACUGUACCGCAAGCUGGACGGACAAACGGCAAUCUCUCUUUUUUGGGGGGGGGGGGGAAGGGAAGGUAACUUUUUGCAGCGGAUGGACCGACAGUAUAAAAAAAAAUAAAAAAUAAACUUUUAGAUGUUAUUUUGAAGUCUGUCUGAGGAGGAGAGUUCACCCUCUGCCACGUCAUCAAGUGCCUUCAGACUUACAGAGGAAAAGAUCGCUGGGCCGAGGACCGCCGUCAUCACUGAAAAUAAAAAGCGUCUGACAUUGUUACGUCUUAAUGGCCGGGGAAAAAAUAACCAAUACAUAUUUCCUGGUCUGAUUAUGCAGAGAGUUAGUUUCUUACAGAUUUAUUUCUUCUUUUAUUGAGAUGAAAAAUGUUUAUGAUGACAAGAGGAUUCUUGGAAAAAGGAAGCCAUUUUGGAUGGCGUUAAGAAGAGGCAGCAACGAAGACGCCAUGGACAGGAAAUAGACUCUGAUACAGACACGAAGCUCCUUUGAUUUAUUUCUCACAACAUGCAAUCAUAAUCUGAGGAUCUGUGACUGGAUAUUUCAAAAUAAAAGACUACCUGUUCGGACGAUUUUCCGCCCUUCAGCCAAUGGGAUUUCUCUCAGAACUAUUUUAGUAUUUCAAAAUAAGAGUUUUCAGAAGGAGGCGGAGACUUUGACUCUACCUAAAAUCAUCAGUUAUAUUAAACUACAAAAACUGGAAAAAGGAUGAAGAAAAAUGUAUUGUAAAAUCAAAUCGUAUAUUGUUCCUAUGAUAUUAUAAAGACAGGGGGAAUCUUUACACGUUUCAUUUCCUUUUGUUUUGUUUGUUUUAACGAGGGUGGGAUCUUUAGUUCAGGUUUCUUUAUUUUGUUAUGUAUCUUUAUUUGACUGAAAACCCAGGAGUAAUGUUUUUGUUUUGUUUUUUAUUUUAGGGAGUUGAUGGUCUGAGAUUUGACGCCCUGCUGAUAAAACGUUUCUAUUACAAACAAGAAUCCAUGCUGAGAAUUCAUUUAAAAAAAAGCACAAAAAGACAUAAAUGUUUUAGUCGACACAUGAACAACACACCUGAACACACCUGUAUGGAAAUUCAUCAGCUCUACAUCAUAUGUAUCAUAUGGAAACCCAUUUCUGCCAAGAAAAAAACAAAAGUAGUUAAAAAGUUAGGAUGAUUUAUAUGAAAAAUACUCAUUGUAAAUAGUCACAAAUGGAAAAGAAUUGACUUAUUAUUGGUUAUUUUCUCAUUAUUUCUACUGACUAGGAAAGUCUUAAUGUUGAUUUACUAUCGCAUUAUAAAAAAGUCCUCCUUUUUGCUACACAAGUCAUGACUAUUAUCGAUUAUCUCGUAACUUUGGUGUCAUUUCUCAUAAUUGUGACUUAAAAAGUAUUUUUUGACAGCUUUAGUAUCAUUCCUAACAUCCUAUGAGUUUGUCUUGUGGCAGAAAUGGGCUUCUGUACCACUGAAACAACACAACUGCCAUUUCUGUGCACCUGGUUUCACAACAUCUGUGAGGAAAUAAUAAUUUCUUCUUGAAAAUGCAUUUAUAGACACAGUGAAACAGCAGGUUCAACAUCUUUAGGUUCAUUAAUGCGACACAUUUGUGAGCGACACAGCGGGUCGAGCAUUGUUUUCAGGAUUCGAGUUAAUUGAAUAUCAGAGGAUUUGAUUGACUGAAAGUGGACUUCACUUGGUGAGCAGGGGGAAUAGAUGAAGCGUGGUUAUAUAUGAGUCACUGUGUCUUUAAACAUGUCUUUCUUGAGAACGUGAUUUUUUAUUGGGUUUCUUUUUUCUACAGAAUGAUAAUAAAUCAUUACUUAAAAACCUGAUUUCCAUCUCAGCCACUGUUAAACUCUCAUUAAACUUUGAUGAGUUCAGCCGAGGAUUACUUCGAUAACUCACACUCUCAGGAUAAAUAUCAUUUAUUUUUAAUGUAUUGUUGAUUUGUUUCUUCUUUCUUUUUAUCCCUGUGGCGACACUUUCUCUCGUGUUUUUCCACUGCAGCUGAUAAUAAGAUUUUUAUUAAAGCUCCUCUUGGUAUCAGUUUAUUCUCCACUGCAUCAUUAUCACAUUAACUCUGUUCAUGUGAGAUCCCUGGAGGUGAUUGUCCCCCUCUGAUAAACUCCAUUGUGCUCAUUUACUUAUUUAUAUUUGUAGUAUUUUUAUUUUUUCUAAUUCCUAAUACUCUAUCAAUUUUUUUGAAUCUUAUCCUGCCACAAAUGGGCCUCUAUAGUUUUGGGUACAAACAAAGAUGGCAGACAACGAAAUAUUAAUUGUU